AUGGAAGAUGAGGUGGCAACCUUGCUCGCAAAUCUCAGCCAGCUGCCUCCAAAUGGAUACUUGAUCCCAAAUCCAACUCCUGCUCCUGAGCAAGCCACUAGGGAUGAUAUCGCUCCGCUGCUGUCUGAAGCUAUCUCAGAACUUCAAGCUUCGCAGCAGCGACGGGUGCGACCUCCUCCUCAGGAAGGCUAUACGACAAAGGGUACCGCUCGUAAGAGACAAGCUCUCGCUUGUGAACGUUGUCGAAUCAAGAAGAGGAAAUGUGAUGGAGUGAAACCUGUCUGUGGAAACUGUACAAAGGCUCGCAACAAGUUCGAUAAUAUAUGCACCUAUCCCGAACAUCCGCGACGAAAAGGCCCAAGGAGUGGGUAUCGUGACGCGCUUCUCCAGCGCUUAGAUGAAAUAACAGGCUUAUUGAAAACUGAGAAUGGUCAAAACAGUGCUAGUGGGGAAAAUAGUCAAGACGAGAAUGACAUGGAUGAAGACUCUGAACAGGAUAGGUCUAUGGCCGGUCCAUCUUAUACUAUGCAUCAACAAUAUGAAACCAUGCCAGAUAUGACGUAUUAUGAGCCCUACCAAAUUCUUCCACCUUCAACUCCAUCUCAGCUAUAUCCGAUAUCACCAGGCUCAUCAGGAUCAUCUGAAGAAGAAGUCAAACAAUCAGAAUCUCCUCCUUCACAACCACCGGUUUCGCAACACGAACCGCUAGUGAAUCAAGCAUCGUAUCCAAACGUAGUGAGUCCUGGAACCUCUGCCAUCCUGCAUCUUGAAUCUAUGCUAUUCGAAGAGCAAACGUCUAUGGUAGUACGAGGCUCCACUCCUUCAGAUGGUCCGAUUCUUGAAUUUCCAUUCGGAAAUUUAUUCUCAGACUUCUUUGUGCCUGGGCAUCAACCAUUUGGCAAUCAGCCCAUCAUCACUCAGAUAGACUUGGAACCGAUGUCACCAUUAAGGAUGUCUAUGUCUCCACCUCCUGUAUCUAACGACGAUGAUCUGAAGUCUCACCUUAUUGCCGUAUACUUCACAUUUGUUGCGACAACGACGCCGGUACUACACGAGCCUACAUUCUUUGCAAACUGGAAGCCUGUCAAUCGCCACCCAGAUUAUUUAUUGAACGCGAUGUAUGCUUUAGCUGCUAAAUUCUCACUGCAUCCGGAAUUGUACAAGGAACCAUAUGGAAAUCCCAAGAAAGCAAGCCAAAUGUUUGCAACACUCGCCAGUGAUGCUUUGCAGGACGCUCAUUCGUCUGAAUCAUUACCAGCUGCUGAAGCCUGCUCACUGUUGGCCUCAACCAGUUAUGGCGACGGCAAUGGAAACGACGCUCUCGCGUGGAUUAUGACUGCAGUGCGAAUGGCUCAGAAGAUGUUAGUAGACAGGAACGAUACAGAUACUAUAACAUCAGCGACACGGUUGGUUGGCUGGCAGUCGUUGGAUUUAUCACCCUCAGAAAGGGAAAUUAGACGUCGAAUAUGGGCUAUGCUCUUACGUGUAGACACGUACUCAACCAUGGGGAGUGGCUUCCCUCCACUGAUUUAUGAAGGUGACUAUACAUAUCUGCUCGAGAGUGGACCAAGGACCGCAUCAUCCAUGUCAGUGAUCAGUAGUAGUCAAUCUGCUACUUUGGCUGGCUUUGAACUCUGGCAAAAGGUUGUGCACGAAGAUCCAAAGCACACAAUAUGGGAUAAUGUACGUGGAGCUCCUAAGGCAACAAACCCAUGGGUUGAAUAUGCUCCUCGACGCGAAGCAGCAGAAAUGGCACACAUCCAAAUUGCAAUGAUAUUACGACGAGUCUACCGACAUGUAUUUAGUGAGAAACGACGAGGAAAUUUUCAAAAUCCAGGAGUUUUGUCAGUAGUUUCUAUUUUUCCUGCAGAAUCAGAUACGAGAACAAUUCAUGAUGCCAUGAUCGAAUUGUAUGCCAGUCUUCCAAGUGAUAUCAAACCUUUCGAUUCAUUCGCUGAUUUUUGUGAUGGAGUACCAGCUGCCAUAGCAGGAAAUGCAACUGCAGCAGCAUCAGUCGCCCCUGGAAUAAUUCUCGAGUUCUUAUGGGGAGUAUCAACACUACAUCUUGACCACGUCGACCACCCGGAGCGGGUAUUCAAAACUCGUCUAGGUGAACGACCUCUGCGAGUAUCGUCGAGAGAUAUGGUGAUCCUCGCAGAACGUGCCGCUCGCUUCAUCGUCACAUCGAUAUAUAAAAGUAGCGGAAUCGCUAUCCCUCCGUUCUCGACUCGUGAACCAUCAACUGGAGGUAUCGAUACGUCCGCUCCGCCUGCAUCAUGGUGUAUAGUCCGCAGCCCGAUGUUUUCAUGCUGUAUGUUUUCUAUAUAUGGUGGUGUAUUGAGUGCUCUUGCGGUGCCCUCACAUAUCGUCUCCUCAUCUAUACUGCGUCCUGGAGAUCAGUUGCAAAAGGAAGAAACGUUGAGAGUGCUUGAGGCUUGUCAAAGAACAGCAAUACCUGUCAUGGAAGCCACAGGAAGAAUUUGGCCAAUUUCUGCAAUGUAUUCAAGUCGUUUACGAAAGAUUGUCGAGGCUGUCGCACUCAAAAUUAUAGGAAUCGCAACACAGCAACCUGUAGAUGGUGUUGUGAGACCUCCUACGGUGGCUUCAACAAUGGAAAUCUCUCAACAUGAUGGUGGAAUUGUGGGCCAGAAAAAUUCGAUCUGUCAGUGA